AUGCCGAGGGGCUUCCUGGUGAAGCGAACUAAACGGACAGGCGGCUCGUACCGCGUACGUUUACCCCAGCGAGUCUUUCCCUUGAUGGGGCUCCAAGGGGCGCCGCCCUUUCCUGAGGAGGCACCCAGCACCUCCCUACCUGGUGCAGAGCGGGCGGCGUCCCCUGUCGAGGAGGGGCCAGAAAAGGGGCUGGCGUCGGAGGUGGCCUGGGAACUGUCGGGCUCACCCUGUCGGGCAGCUGGGGUAAGCUCGGGACCACGCGGGCGGGAAAGCACGGAGUGGAGGGCAGACGGCAGCGAGGGUCCUGGGCCCAGCCCUAGCCCCACGAAGCCGGCGGGCGCAGAGCUGCGCCGGGCGUUCCUGGAGCGCUGCCUCAGUUCACCCGUUUCCGCAGAGUCAUUCCCCGGGGGCCCCGCCGCAGUGGCCACUUUUUCCUGUUCAGUGGCUCCAGCAGCCGCCUCUACCACGGGGGAGCAGUUCCUGCUGCCAUUCCGGCCCCCAUUCCCGGAGUCCACGCUCCAACCGGACCCCGGGUCCCUCUCGGCCACCUUGCACGGCCCGAAGCGUUCAGUAGGCAGCGAGCGCCGCGCCAAGUUACCUUCCGGCUGCCCGACGGGACUCGCGGCCGCUGGGGUCAAGAAACCAAAGGCGAUGAGGAAGUUGAGUUUCGCGGACGAGGUGACCACGUCCCCUGUCCUGGGUCUGAAGAUCAAGGAGGAGGAGCCCGGAGCGCCGUCCCGGGUCCUGGGGACUAGCAGCACGCCGCUAGGGGAGUUCAUCUGCCAGCUGUGCAAAGAGCAGUAUGCAGACCCCUUCGCGCUGGCGCAGCACCGCUGCUCUCGUAUCGUGCGCGUUGAGUACCGCUGCCCCGAGUGCGAUAAGGUCUUUAGCUGUCCUGCCAACCUCGCCUCCCAUCGUCGCUGGCACAAGCCGCGUCCGGUAGCGACAAACACCGCCACAGCCUCCUCCGCCGACGGGAAACCGCCUCCUUCGGCGUCCUCGUCCACCCCGGACUCCGGGACCAUCGCGUCUUUCCUGGCGAAGGGGAAGGAGAACAGCCGGGCCGAGAAGACCGCGGAUCAGCACCCACCAGCCAGGGACAGCUCCGGAGAUGAUCAGCACCGGGACAGCGCCCUGCGCCCCAGCCUCCAGGUGCUGCCACCCCCGGAGCCACUGCUGCCACAGGUCUCCUAUGCAGAAGAGCUGUUGGGCCGCCGCGUGCCUGGACCGGGCGGUGCUAGCGGUGUCGGGGGAUCCGAGAUAUUCGUGUGUCCGUAUUGCCACAAAAAGUUUCGUCGCCAAGCUUAUCUGCGCAAGCACCUGGGCACCCACGAAGCCGGCGCUGUCCGCGCCCUCGCCCAGGGCUUUGGCUCCGAACGCGCCGCUUCACUCGCCUUCCCUUGCCCGCUGUGCGGGGCGCACUUCCCAUCCGCAGACAUCAGGGACAAGCACCGGCUGUGGCACGCUGUCCGCGAGGAGCUGCUUCUGCCUGCUCUCGCAGGGGCGCCCCCCGAAGUGCCGAGUCCAGGGGGGACAUCUGACGGGGGUGUUCAGCAGAUUUUCUCGUGCAAGCACUGCCCGUCCACUUUUUUUAGCUCCCCUGGGCUGACUCGACACAUCAAUAAGUGCCAUCCUUCAGAAAGUCGACAAGUACUGCUGCUGCAGAUGCCACUGCGGCCAGGCUGCUGA